CGCUCACCCUACUCUCUAGUGAGCACUGAGCACCCUCCCAAGAAUCUGUAGCGCUUUAGCUUGCCUCCGGUGCCUGCCGUGCUCCGGUAGUACUUCACUCCGAGGAGGAGGAAGUUGAGGGAGAGGGAGCUCGGUAGCAGAGAUCCAUGGCGGCGCACAUAGGCACGAACCACGUGGCGCCGAUGGAGGUGUCGGUGGAGGCCGGGAACGCCGGCGCUGCGGAGUGGCUGGACGACGACGGCCGCCCGCGACGCACGGGAACGUUCUGGACUGCCAGCGCGCACAUCAUCACCGCGGUCAUCGGCUCCGGCGUGCUCUCGCUCGGCUGGGCCAUCGCGCAGCUCGGCUGGGUCGCCGGCCCCGCCGCCAUGCUGCUCUUCGCCUUCGUCACCUACUACACCGCCACGCUGCUCGCCGAGUGCUACCGGACCGGCGACCCGGACACGGGGAAGCGCAACUACACCUACAUGGACGCCGUGCGCUCCAACCUCGGCGGCGCCAGGGUCGCCUUCUGCGGCGUGAUACAGUACGCCAACCUCGUCGGCGUCGCCAUCGGCUACACCAUCGCGUCCUCCAUCAGCAUGAAGGCCAUCAGAAGAGCCGGCUGCUUCCACAACAAUGGACACGCUGACCCGUGCAAGAGCUCGAGCACUCCGUACAUGAUCCUCUUCGGCGUUGUCCAGAUCCUCUUCUCGCAGAUACCGGACUUUGAUCAGAUUUGGUGGCUGUCCAUCGUCGCCGCCGUCAUGUCCUUCACUUAUUCUUCAAUCGGACUCUCCCUGGGAAUAGCACAGACCAUCUCUAACGGUGGGUUCAAGGGAAGCCUCACCGGAAUUAGCAUCGGCGCCGGCGUCACCUCGACGCAGAAGAUCUGGCACAGCCUGCAGGCCUUCGGUGACAUCGCCUUCGCCUACUCCUUCUCCAACAUCCUCAUUGAGAUCCAGGACACGAUCAAGGCGCCGCCGCCGUCGGAGUCGAAGGUGAUGCAGAAGGCGACGCGGCUGAGCGUGGCGACGACGACCGUCUUCUACAUGCUGUGCGGGUGCAUGGGGUACGCCGCGUUCGGCGACGCGGCGCCGGACAACCUCCUCACCGGGUUCGGCUUCUACGAGCCCUUCUGGCUGCUGGACAUCGCCAACGUCGCCAUCGUCGUGCACCUCGUCGGCGCCUACCAGGUCUUCUGCCAGCCCAUCUUCGCCUUCGUCGAGCGCCGCGCCGCCGCGGCGUGGCCGGACAGCGCCUUCAUCUCCCGGGAGCUCCGCGUGGGGCCGUUCGCGCUCAGCGUGUUCCGGCUCACGUGGCGGUCGGCGUUCGUGUGCGUGACCACCGUCGUCGCCAUGCUCCUCCCCUUCUUCGGCAACGUUGUCGGGUUCCUCGGCGCCGUCUCCUUCUGGCCGCUCACCGUCUACUUCCCCGUCGAGAUGUACAUCAAGCAGCGUCGCGUGCCUCGCGGCAGCACCAAGUGGAUCAGCCUCCAGAUGCUUAGCGCCGGCUGCCUAAUUGUGUCCAUCGCCGCCGCCGCCGGUUCCAUAGCCGACGUGAUCGAUGCGCUCAAGGUGUACCGGCCGUUCAGCGGUUAAUUUCGUUCAACGAAGAGGCGCUUCUCAAGCACUCUGAUUCUGCCUAACACCUGAUGGAUUGCAUGUAACGAUUAGCAAUGGUAUCCUAUUUUCUCGGUAAAGCUUUAUUUUUGCUCAACACCUUUACAUCAAGAUGAUAAUAAAACCUUGAAAAACACGAGA